ACUAAACCAGAUUUGACGCUUUUGUUUUAACUAAAACGAAGAAAUUAGUAAUUAUAUUUCUGCACGAAAUUUUCAUAUUUAAAGCGAAAUGACAAAUUAAAGAAUAAUGCUAGCUACUUUUCAUUCCUGUUUAUAAUUAUCUGUGUGAAAUCAUAGAAAUAAAGGAACAAGAUGUAUUCAAUCGGUGUUUUAAUUUAUUUUGACAGAUACAAAACUAGAACUUAAAAAUGUAAACUGUAUAAGUUACCACAAUGGACAACAGCUUAAUAAGAUGUGAAAGGGUGACAAAAGAGGAUUAUGAGAAAGUGAUGGCUAUUUUACCCCCAUCUGAGAUAUAUAAUGGCGGUGACUAUCUUCCUGAUUAUUUCCAUCUGCUAAUUGAUAUGCCAAACAACGAGAUGUAUGCUGCUGUCAUUGGAGAUAAAUUUGUAGGAUUUGCUUUAAAGACAACUAUAGAUGAUGGUAGAAGUGUAGUUACUAGGGCAGUGAGAGUCUCCAAAGAAUAUGCUGGUAAAGGAAUAGCUGGAAUAAUGUCAAAAUGGAUGGAUAUAGGAGGACCUCUUUACCGACCGGAAGUAAUAUGGCAUAAAUUUUCAGGAAAUAGAACUCAUUCACCAUUACUUCAACUGACUGACAAAGGAAUAUUCAACAAAACAUCAGAACAAGAUUUUGUAUUUUACGACACCCAUAAAAGAACCCUAGAGAUAAAGUACAAUGUCAUAGAGAAUGAAAAUCAAUCUUCAAAAGCUGAAUAUGUUGAUGUUAAUCUGCUUGGUCAAGUUCUAGCAUCGACUGACCAUAAGCAUUACUUAUUCCCUGAUAAUGAAAUAGUUGCUGACGACGUACCGUACAGUGCUAUCAAAUCUAAUGCUCCUCUGAUCGUUUCAAAACGAACUGCGGUUGUGGUGUCUGAUUUGAAUUGUCCACAAAGAACUUUACUUUCAAUAAGUAAUUGCUUUCAAGCACCAAUUGGAAUGUUUUUUAUUUUCAACGUUUAUGGCUGUUUGUCUGAGAAUAUCAAAAAGCACCUCCUUUUACACUUUGCUAAGUUCCUUAGUCGGUCAAUGAGUGAAUAUAUAUUACUUCGUGGUAUAUCAAGCAAAGGAACUAGUUGGACGUUUUUGGACAGCGCCGUCGAAGAAUUUGGAUUUAAAAGAAUAGAAUUUUAUGGUACAGGUGUAGUAAGUGCCAGAAAAAGAAUAAAAAACAAACUGUAAUACAAAAAAAGGAAAUCGGAUACAGCUUUUUGUGUAGUUUCUUUUUUGCAUAAGUUUUCAUGAGCAACAGUACCAAACCAUCAUAUAUGGCUACCUUCGUACGUUUCCUGUAGUAGCGAGCACAUUACUUGAGUCUGCUUUCCAAUCAAUUUGACAGAGGGGAAUUGUUCUAUACAUGAAUUUAGAUAUAUAUUUAUAUUAUAUGUGUAAUCAGUUUCAUAUGUUUAUACGGAAUUGUACAAGUGUUGUCUGAAAACGCCUUUUUGUUUACUCUCUCUCCGGUCAUAAAUGUCGUUCAUUUAA